AUCCAAUCGAUUCCGCGCCCUAGGGUUCGUAAUCUCCGCGCCCAAUAUGCUACAACAAUAUUACAAACAAUAAUCAUCACUGCAUUAUCGUCCCUGCCGGCGGAAUUCACGAGAUGGAUAAGAAGCAAUCUCAACCAGUUUUCCUCGAAGAAUGGCUUCUAAGCACCAUUUCCGCCGGCGGCGGCAGCGGCAAAGGCGUGAGCCCAACUCAGCCGUCUUCUCCGACAUCAGCCCAAGACAUAAUGCAAGCUUGGGCGGAUUUGCGGGGCUCAGUUCAUCAACAGUCAUUCAAUUCCGGUAAUCUCCAAUCUCUACGCAGCCUUGUAGCAUCUCGAAAUUCGCUGUAUAUUGCUGACCCGCAAGCGAAGCUUCUGCUCUCGCUUUUGUCCUCGCCUGGUGUAUCGCUCCCGGAGGAAUCUUACCCUUUGUUGCUCAGGCUUAUGCAUAUAUGGAUUAGGAAAUCUUCACGCCCGUCUUCUUCUGUUGUGGACUAUGCUGUUGAGGUUCUCUUGCACCUUUUCUCCAAACGGUUUCGGUCCGAUGAGAUCUUGGCUUUCUAUUCUGAAGCUGUUCUUGUACUUGGUGCUCUUUCGAUUGUAAGUUCGGCAUCAGGGAAAUCUAAAGAGGCCUGCCUUCAGAUGCUGUGUGUUCUUUUUGAAAAAGAAAUUAAGUUGAUCCACAUUUCUGAAGGAUUGAUUCCGAAUGUUCUUGCGGGGAUUGGCUAUGCUUUAUGUUCUUCGGUUAAUGUUCAUAUGAUUAGAAUUCUCCGUCUUCUAUUUCGAGUUUGGGAUAAAAAGGAUGGUCCUUCUGCUAGCAUUGAUAAUGGACUUCUAGUGCUACAUUUAACAGAGUGGGUCAUAUCGAAUUUCGUCAACUCACAUUCUUUGGACAGUAUUAAUAUUUUCAGAAGAGAGGUGCUGGAUAAUCCACAUCCGACUUAUGCAUCAUUUUCUGUUGUAAUGGCUGCAGCUGGAGUUCUAAGGGUUAUCAAUAGAACCAAUGCGCACAUGGUAAUGCACCUGAGAGUUCCUGCAGAGGAGAGAAUUGAUGCUGUUGCAAGGAACUUGAUAUCUUUAACUGAAGAUUCUAUGUAUUCAAGUGCAGAGCCGAGAAACAGUUUUCUACUACAAUGCAUGUCAUUAGCUUUAUCCAGAUGUGGUGCUGUUUCUCCUAGACCUUCACUCCUUUUCUGCCUUGCGGAAGCAUUACUGACUGAAAUCUUCCCAUUGCGAAGUAUAUAUUCUAGGAUUCUAGAAUCACAUGCUGGGGAUUUUGCAGACAUUGAGCUAAGUGUUCAAAAGCAUUUGGAUUGCACCAUAUUUAAAGAAGCAGGGACCAUUGCUGCUGUAUUUUGCAAUCACUAUGUCUCAUCUGAUAAGCUAAACCAAAGUGCUGUAGAGAAUCAUAUGUGGGAUUACUGUCAAUGUGUCUACUUGUGCCAUCGGCAGGUGGCUGUAAUGUUAGGAACCGGGAAGGAAGGGUUUUCUGUGAAACUAGGGAAAAUUGCUGAAUCUGCUUUCCUUAUGGUUGUGGUCUUUGCAUUGACAUUAACAAAGCACAGUCUAGGAUCGGGGACUGCUUAUGAAGAACAUUUGAAACUUUCCGUACAGAUAUUAGUUUCUUUUUCUUGUAUGGAAUAUUUUCGACGGAUGCGUUUGCAGGAAUACAUGGAUGCAAUUAGAACAGUUAUUACUAGUGUUCAGGAGAAUGAAUCAGCUUGUAUUUCCUUUGUGAAAUCGAUGCCAUCUUAUGCUGAUCUAAUAAGCAAUCCAGUGUCAUCUAUUUCUCAAGAAAUCAAUUAUGCAUGGUCCACAGACGAAGUGCAAACUGCUCGAAUUUUGUUUUAUUUGCGGGUUAUUCAGACUUGCAUUGAGUGCUUGCCAGCAUCUGUUUUUAGGACGGCAGUGGUGCCAACUAUGUUUUUAUAUAUGGGACAUCCAACUCGAAAAGUGGCUAGAGCAGCACACUCAGUAUUUGUGGCUUUCAUUUCAUCAGGAGAGGGUUAUGACCUUGAUGAAAGGGUUACACUUAAGGAGCAACUUGUCUUUUAUUACAUGAGAAGAUCUUUGGAGGUCUACCCUGGAAUUACACCCUUUGAGGGAGUGGCUGCUGGAGUCACUGCUAUUGUCAGACAUCUUCCUGCUGGAAGCUUGUCUAUAUUCUAUUGCGUUCAGAGUGUUGUUGAAAAAGCAAAUAGCAUCUGCGGUGCUAUAAAGAACUGGGAAGGAGAAUUAGUAGAGCCUUUGAAGAAAAUAUUUGAACUACUUUUGCGACUCCUUCAUCUUGUAGAUAUACAGGUUCUGCCUACUUUGAUGAAGCUUCUCGCUCACCUGGUUGUUCAGCUGCCCACUGAUGGCCAGAAUAUGGUUCUUAAUGAUUUAUAUCAGCAGGUUGCGGAAUUAGAUGAUGUUACAAGGAAACCAGCAUUGGUAUCUUGGGUACAGUCACUAUCUUACAUCUGUUCUCAAGAAUCAAGCAGGAGAGCAUCAAUUGAGGCAGCUGAAAAACUGCACACUGCCAGUAUUGGAAAUGUAGGCACAUUAAGCAUGAACAAAAUCAAUGCACGAUUAUGAUGGAUUUGUAAGCUUUGACUACAUGGGGAUAUGCUGCUUUUUAAAAUGGUUCCCCCAAUUUAUGCUUGCACCCCCACCUAAGCCUCUGAAUUUUUAUGACUCUACUAAAAAGGUACUAACAGCACCCAGCUACGGUCUUGGAGGACUGUAAAAAAUGAUUGACUCAUUCAUCUGGAAAAGAUAUACUCUUGGUGCUGACCACAAAUUACCAGAAAUGGUGUCAUCUGGUAUGGUACGCCCGAACACCCGAUUAUCAGCUUCAGAAUGAGUAGAAAAAGAUUGGAUUGACCUUCUCAUCCUUCCAUCGCCAUCUCCACAUCAUUAGGUUGAAGCUCUCCAGCCAGAUACCUGUUUUGCUUGUUUUUGGAUUUCGGGAAGCGCACAUUUGGGUCGUGGAACUUCAAGUAAUUCAUAUAACUCCAUAUUGUUUAUUUCUUAAUUGCAACGCUGAUAGACGUUACAUUACUUUACUAUGAGUAGAUUAUUACAGAUGUAGUUGUCUUCCUAAGUAUUAAUUGUGUUCCUAAUUCUUUUAUUCAGGAAAAAAACAGAUUGUUUGUCAAAUUCAUGUAUGGGUGAUAUGCAUUUUGGUUCAUGGCUAAAAAAAGUUGGGUUUUUUA